AUGUCUCCUAGUUGCAGGACACUAGGUUGUGUCAGCAGAUAUCCAUGCAUUUACAUCCUCCGAUUCGCAUCUCAACUGCAGUUCGAAGACAAACAGCACGAGGUGAGUAUGACAGCACUUCGGCUUGUGCAGAGGAUGAAGAGGGACUCAAUACAUUCCGGACGUCGGCCAUCUGGUGUCUGCGGAGCUGCACUCCUCAUAGCAGCAAGACUACACAAUUUUUCGCGGACGCCGUCUGAUGUUGUGCGUAUAGUCAGGGUGCAUGAAAGUACGCUGCGCAAGCGGCUUCUGGAGUUUGGUGAUACGCCAUCCAGUGCGUUGACACUUGACGAAUUCAUGACAGUUGAUCUUGAAGAGGAGCAGGACCCUCCAAUUUUCAAAGAAGCAAGGAAACGGGAUAAAGAACGACUGCAAAAGCUCAUGGAAGAAGAGGACGGAGAGAGAGAACUUUCAGAACUUCAGAAGGAGAUAGAAGAACAAUUAGAGAAAGACAACGCGAAGAAGAAAAAGUUAACAGCAACGCCAAGCUCAAUCAGAAGUGGGGGUGCAGAUGAAUCCAUCAACGAAGAAGAUGAAGCGACUCGUUUCGCAGAAGAAAGGACUAUCAGUCUUAUUGGAGAGUUGGCGAAGACCGUCUCAAAAGACACAGAAGAAAGCGCCACAGAAGUAGAAGAAGAGAAAGAAUUAGGUCCAGAAAAGGCAGUGAUCGGUAUAUCCCACGUUAACGAGAAAACAGACACAUUUUUGAAGCCAGAACCGAAAACCCAGUUACCAAAUAACCUGACGAAUGCAGAUGAACUGGUUCUUGGGGAUGAAGAUGAGGCGUAUAUCGAUUCUCUCAUCAUGACUGCUGAUGAAGCGAGGUAUAAGACGAAGAUGUGGAAGACCAUAAAUGCUGGUUAUCUUCGGGAUCAAAAGAUAAAAGAAGAAAUCCGCGCAAAAGAAAAAGAAGAAGGGAAAGAUAGAAAGAAGAAAGUGCGUGGCUCGUACAGGAAGAAAGUGAAUUGUAAUGCCGCUACCGCUGGAGAGGCGAUUGGGAAGAUGUUGGCCGAGAAGAAGAUGAGUUUGAAGAUUAAUUAUGAUAUACUCAAAAGUUUGGAUCAGCCUGGUGUCUCUAUUCCUGUGUCUUCCAGUGAACCUGUUGUGGAAAGUCCGAAAGACGAGCUAGUGGAGAGUAAGACACCAGGUCCACCCCCAUCUAAGAAGAAAAAGAAGAAAGCAGCCCCACCUUCAGAUACGGAAUCGAACCCUCCCACUCCAGCACCGGAAACACCUGUUCCCAGCACGCCGAUACAAAAGGAUAUAGAAGCUGAUGAUUACGAAGAAGAAAUAGAUACAACAGAAAAUGAUACAGAACUAUCUUUAGCCAGCAUGUUGCAGAACCAGCAAGAGGAUGAUUAUUAUGAUUAUGAAGAAUAUUAG